UGCAACACCCGCGGUCCUCUGGGGCUGCCUUUCUUUUGUCACUUGUUAAUGUGGCCGCCUCCCUUUAUGGCUACAUCUCAUGGGUGGAGGGCAUUUCUUCCUGGCUGGACGCACAGAGGCUUUGAUUGAGUUCCGACCACAACGAACAGCCGGCAGAUCCCAGAGCACAGGAUGCCAGAGCCUGGCCACCCGGUGGCCCCGCUGCCGCGAUGGACCCGCUGAACCUGUCCUGGUACGAAGAUGACCUGGAGAGCCGGAACUGGAGCCGGCCCUUCAACGGCUCGGAGGGCAGGGCCGGCAGGCCGCACUACAACUACUACGCCAUGCUGCUCACCCUCCUCAUCUUCGUCAUCGUCUUCGGCAACGUGCUGGUGUGCAUGGCCGUGUCCCGCGAGAAGGCGCUGCAGACCACCACCAACUACCUGAUCGUCAGCCUCGCCGUGGCCGACCUCCUGGUGGCCACGCUCGUCAUGCCCUGGGUUGUGUACCUGGAGGUGGUGGGCGAGUGGAAGUUCAGCAGGAUUCACUGUGACAUCUUCGUCACCUUGGACGUCAUGAUGUGCACCGCGAGCAUCCUGAACCUGUGUGCCAUCAGCAUCGACAGGUACACGGCCGUGGCCAUGCCCAUGCUCUACAACACCCGGUACAGCUCCAAGCGCCGAGUCACCGUCAUGAUCGCCAUCGUCUGGGUCCUGUCCUUUACCAUCUCCUGCCCGCUGCUCUUCGGACUCAACAACAACGACCAGAACGAGUGCAUAAUCGCCAACCCUGCGUUCGUGGUGUACUCCUCCAUCGUCUCCUUCUACGUGCCCUUCAUCGUCACGCUGCUGGUCUACAUCAAGAUCUACAUCGUCCUCCGCAGGCGCCGCAAGCGAGUCAACACCAAGCGCAGCAGCCGCGCCUUUAGGGCCAACCUGAAGGCCCCACUCAAGGGCGCCUGCACUCACCCCGAGGACAUGAAACUCUGCACCGUUAUCAUCAAGUCCAAUGGGAGUUUCCCAGUGAACAGGAGGAGAGUGGAUGCAGCCCGCCGAGCCCAGGAGCUAGAGAUGGAGAUGCUGUCCAGCACCAGCCCCCCCGAGAGGACCCGGUACAGUCCCAUACCGCCCAGCCACCACCAGCUGACUCUCCCCGACCCGUCCCACCAUGGCCUCCACAGCACGGCCGACAGCCCCGCCAAACCAGAGAAGAAUGGGCACGCCAAAGACCACCCCAAGAUUGCCAAGAUCUUUGAGAUCCAGUCCAUGCCCAAUGGCAAGACCCGGACCUCUCUCAAGACCAUGAGCCGCAGAAAGCUCUCGCAGCAGAAGGAGAAGAAAGCCACCCAGAUGCUCGCCAUUGUCCUCGGUGUGUUCAUCAUCUGCUGGCUGCCCUUCUUCAUCACCCACAUCCUGAAUAUACACUGUGACUGCAACAUCCCGCCGGUCCUGUACAGCGCCUUCACGUGGCUGGGCUACGUCAACAGUGCCGUGAACCCCAUCAUCUACACCACCUUCAACAUUGAGUUCCGCAAGGCCUUCCUGAAGAUCCUGCACUGCUGAGCCGCUUCCGCCUCCCCGCCCGGGCCGGCCAGCGCUGCGGCCCUGGGCGCCGUGGAGGGGGGGCGACGCAGGGCGGACUCGGCCUCCUCUUCGCCGCGGCAGGCCCUGCAGAGCUAGCUUGACUUCACGGUGCCGGCCCGAGGGCUGGACCCCGGCUCGGGGCGGCUCCCAGAGCCCCCCUCCCGCUCCAGACCCUCUCCCCAGGGCACCAAAGACGCAGCCGCCUUCUCUGAGGUUCCUCUGGGGCUCUGGGGUGGCCAGGGCCUCAGGCGACUUCCGCGGUGGUGGCGGGAGACCCUUGUAAAUAGCAGACCGCAGAGUGAGCCCCGGAGCAGCCCAAGCCAAAAAUCUUCUCUCACUCCCUCUUCUGCCCUGACAGGAGCCUCUUUCCCCAACAGGGGGUCCCGCCCUGCCUCCCGCCAGCCACCCAUGUGAUUUCCACACCCGCUGAGGGCCGCACCCCGGGCUUGAAGGGCCCCAGGAAGGUCUGCGGGGAGAGGAACAUCCCCGAGCCCACUCUGCUGCCCCCCGACAGACUUGGUGCCUCCUUUCCAUAGCAACUGCUAGGCCAGCCUGUGGGCAGGCAGGGAAGGCUGGGGUGGCUGCAUCCGGGGCCUGGGGCGGGGUGUUGGAGGUUCUCGGGGGGCUGCCUCCCGCCACCCUCGGCCACGACACCACUCUCCUUUGCCUCUUGCCUCUUCUCUCUCCUGCCCCCUCUCCUUUCCACUGUCUCUGCCUCAGAGGAGCUGGAGGCUCGGGGGCUGCUGAGUGCCACUUGGCCUGGGCUGGCCUUGCCCUGAGCGGGGAGGGAGGCUGCAGCUUGGGGGGCCCUGGGCCCAGACUCUGUAACAUCACCACACGUGCUCCACACGAAUAAAACUUUGACGGGAGUCACA